AUGUGGUGGAGAUUUUGCAGCUUGCUGGCCUGGUUCCCCUUACAAGAAGCCUUUCUGACUAACCACACAGAAACAGUCACCGUGGAGGAAGGCCAGACGCUCAUUCUGAAGUGUGUUGUUUCUCAGGGGAAGACCACCUCCCUGCAGUGGCUGGCCCCCUCAGGGUUCACCAUUUUUUUAAAUGAGCAUCCUGCUUUAAAAAAUCCCAAAUACCAGCUUCUUCAUCACUCCACCCAUCAGCUUUCCAUCAGCGUGCUUAAUGUCGCCCUGCAAGAUGAAGGCGUGUACAAGUGUUUACAUUACAGCAACUCCGUGAGAACAAAGGAAGUAAAAGUAAUCGUGUUAGCAACACCUUCCAUACCAACCCUGGAAGCUUCAGUUAUCAGAACGCAAGACGGAAAAGAACACGUUACCCUUAAAUGCUCAACCGUGAGAAGUAAGCCCCCUCCGCAGAUAACCUGGAUUAUAGGGAAUGACAUAGAGCUCAAUGGUGAGACCCACCAUGAAUUUGAAACGGAUAAGAAGAAAUGUAACAGCAGCAGCAUCCUCAGAGUCCACAGACACAGCAGAAACUCAACAGUGGACUGCGUGAUCCGACACAAAGGCCUACAAGGAGGAAAACUGGUAGCACCUUUCCGAUUUGAAGCCUUGGUUACCAAUCACGAGACGGCUUCAGAUGCCCCGGAGAAAAGCUCCCCGUCCUCGCAGGACCCUCAGCAGCCCACUAGUACUGUUGCAGUAAUGGAAGAUUCCAGUAUAACAGAGAGUGACAAGGAAGAGAAAGAACGACCCACUGAAGACCCUGCCUUGGCAACUGAAGCCAGUCUUCAGUACGUGGGGGUGAUGCGGAGGAAAAACGGCAUCCUGCUGCUCACCCUUGUGUCCUUCCUCAUCUUCAUACUCUUCAUCAUCGUCCAGCUUUUCAUAAUGAAGCUCCGGAAAGUGCACGUGGUGUGGAAGAGAGAAAACGAAAUCUCAGAACACACUCUAGAAAGUUACAAAUCGAGGUCAAAUAAUGAAGAAACAUCAUCCCAAGAGAAAAAGUGCCAAGGUUUCCGCUCUAAGAGCUACAUGAACUACAUCACACAGUUGUACUCAGAAGCAAAAACAAAGAGGAAGGAAAAUGCACAAAAUUCAAAAUUGAAAGAAGAGCCCACCCAUAUACCAGAGACCAUUGUGUAG